GCGUGUACCAGAUGGUCACGUCUCCCCCAUCCUCUGAAUUCCAGGGAAAAAAAAAAAAGGGAAAGAAGAAGGGGGGUUUUCCGUUUUCCCUUUCCUCGUCACCAGAUCCCCGCUGCUGCUGCUAAUGACUGCCUCCGCCUCGCCUGAUAGGAGAUUUUAAGCGCCCCCUCUCCCCUCUCCCCCUUCCCCAAUCUCGUCGUCCUUAUGGAGGACUCCAACCAAUUUGCUGCAGCAGCGGCGACCAACGACGUAGACGGACAAGCACAAAACCAGGAAAGAGAUCCAGAGAGCAACUCACUUCAUCAACCUCUCCUCAAGAGAAACAGAACGCUUUCCUCCAAUCCACUAGCUGUGGUUGGAGCCAAAGUUUCUUACAUAGAGAGUCUAGACUACGAGAUCAACGAAAAUGAUCUCUUCAAGCAUGACUGGAGAAGCAGAGCCCAAGUACAGGUGUUGCAGUAUGUCUUCUUGAAAUGGACCUUGGCAUUCCUAGUUGGUCUUCUAACCGGAGUAGUAGCCACCCUCAUCAAUCUAGCUGUGGAAAAUAUUGCAGGCUACAAACUUCUCAAAGUGAUCGACUACAUCAAUAAUAAAAGGUACCUAAUGGGUUUCCUAUUCUUUGCCGGGACUAAUUUUCUUCUUACGCUUCUAGCCGCUGUUCUCUGCGUGUUCUUUGCUCCUACUGCAGCAGGCCCUGGGAUACCUGAAAUUAAAGCUUAUCUAAAUGGGGUUGACACUCCAAAUAUGUAUGGCGCUACUACAUUAAUUGUCAAGAUCAUUGGAAGCAUAGGAGCUGUUGCUGCAGGCUUAGAUCUAGGCAAAGAGGGCCCUUUGGUGCACAUUGGAAGCUGCAUUGCUUCCUUACUAGGACAAGGUGGACCGGACAAUUACCGGAUAAAAUGGCGCUGGCUUCGUUACUUUAAUAACGACAGGGACAGGCGAGAUCUCAUCACCUGCGGGUCCUCUUCAGGUGUCUGUGCUGCUUUCCGAGCACCAGUUGGCGGCGUCCUCUUUGCUCUCGAGGAGGUUGCAACAUGGUGGAGAAGUGCCCUCCUAUGGAGAUCUUUUUUCAGCACUGCAGUCGUGGUGGUGGUGCUCAGAGCCUUCAUGGAAUACUGCAAAUCCAGAUACUGUGGACUUUUUGGAAAAGGAGGUCUAAUCAUGUUUGAUGUAAGUGAAGUUUCUGUGAGGUAUCACAUCGUAGAUCUCAUUCCUAUUGCUGUCAUUGGCAUAAUUGGAGGACUGCUUGGAAGCCUCUACAACCAUGUUCUCCAUAAGGUCCUCCGGCUUUACAGUCUUAUAAAUGAGAAAGGAAAACUACAUAAACUUCUACUAAGCCUUGGUGUCUCUAUCUUCACCUCUGUAUGCGUAUAUGGACUACCAUUCCUUGCUAGUUGCCGACCUUGUGAUCCCUCCAUUCAAGAGACUUCCUGCCCCACAAAUGGAGGAGCAGGAAACUUCAAGCAAUUCAACUGCCCAAAUGGACAGUAUAAUGACCUAGCCACUCUUCUCCUCACAACCAAUGAUGAUGCUGUUCGCAACAUUUUCUCCACAAGCACCUCCUCAGAGUUCCAUAUCUUUACCCUCACUAUCUUCUUUGUUCUAUAUUGCAUUCUAGGGCUCAUAACCUUUGGAAUUGCCGUUCCAUCUGGUCUUUUCCUUCCAAUUAUCCUCAUGGGUGCUGCUUAUGGUCGUAUGCUUGGCGUUGCCAUGGGCCCAUACACACAAAUUGACCAAGGGCUCUAUGCCGUUCUAGGUGCAGCCUCUCUAAUGGCUGGUUCAAUGAGGAUGACAGUUUCGCUCUGUGUCAUCUUUCUUGAGCUGACCAACAACCUUCUCCUGCUACCCAUGACAAUGCUCGUUCUUCUAAUUGCCAAAACAGUUGGAGACUGCUUCAACCCAAGCAUAUACGAGAUAAUACUAGAAUUAAAAGGUCUACCUUUCUUAGAUGCAAAUCCAGAACCAUGGAUGAGAAAUAUAACUGUUGGGGAACUAGCUGAUGUCAAGCCGCCAGUUGUUACUCUUCAUGGGAUCGAGAAAGUUGGCUACAUUGUAGAAGUCCUCAGGAACACCACACACAAUGGGUUCCCCGUUGUAGAUGAAGGGGUAAUGGCACCAGUUGGGACACAAACUGGAGCAACUGAACUGGUAGGAUUAGUCCUGCGAGCUCACCUUCUGUUAGUGCUGAAAAGGAAGUGGUUCCUGCCAGAAAGACGGAGGACAGAGGAGUGGGAAGUGAGAGAGAAAUUCACCUGGGUUGAUUUGGCUGAAAGGUGGGGUAAGAUUGAUGACGUGACUGUAACAAAGGAUGAAAUGGAGAUGUAUGUUGACUUGCAUCCCAUAACAAAUACCACACCCUAUACGGUGUUAGAAAGCAUGUCAGCAGCAAAAGCAAUGGUGCUGUUCAGGCAAGUGGGGCUCCGGCACAUGAUCAUCAUACCAAAGUAUCAAGCAUCCGGGGUUUCUCCUGUGGUGGGAAUAUUGACCAGGCAAGACCUGAGAGCCCACAAUAUUUUGAGUGCUUUCCCUCAUCUAGCAAAGUCAAAGGGGAAAAAGGGACACUAAAAUUCUCCAACUGAAUACGAACCGUUGCCGCUUUUUUGAAUUCUUUUCUCAUCUUCUCCAGUUUUGCAUUCUUUCACAAACUCCAUAAAGCCAGAUAUGACGUGUGUCAACUAUCUUUCAUUCAGCUAAGUUCAUCAUUGAUGGACAUCGGAACAAAUUUAUAGGCUACACAUCUACAACCUUUUUAGUUUUGCAAGUUCGUCAAAUACACAGGUAUUUUGUUGUUGAUGUCUUUCUUUUGCAAACUUCCACAACAGUGGUUCUUCCAUACAUAUUUCUGUUUCCCCAGAUGUACGCUUGAGUUCCAUCAGAACACGGCAUCUAAGCUAUUAAUUGCA